CAUAAGCAGGACAGCUCGUGGCAGGGCACAGCAGAGUCUGAUAACGAACCGAGAAGAAUAGAGUUUUUUUACGGACGCGUUUUUACCGGCGACGUCUACAUUUGUCCCUUUUGGAUUCGAGCAGUAUCUCUUUGGAUCUCCAGUCUCAAGGAAUGCCCAGGGAGCUGACCCAGAACAGGAUCCAGAAGAUUUGGGUUCCCACUAAGGAUGACAAACCGGCCGCACGAAGAGGGGCCGGUGCGCCUCACUUCGCCAACCCCCCCACGGUGAUAGUGAUGGUGGGCCUCCCUGCUCGAGGGAAGACCUACAUAUCCAAAAAACUCACCCGCUACCUCAACUGGAUCGGCAUGCCCACCAAAGUUUUUAAUGUCGGAGAGUAUCGCAGGGAGGCAGUCAAAAAUUACAGCUCCUAUGACUUCUUCAAGCCUGAUAAUGAAUGCGCGGUCAAAAUCAGGCAACAAUGUGCCUUAGCUGCUCUGCGCGAUGUCAAGGUCUACCUAAAGGACGAAGGAGGCCAAGUUGCUGUGUUUGAUGCCACAAACACGACUCGGGAAAGGCGUGAUCUCAUCCUGCAAUUUGGCAAACAGAAUGGUUUCAAGAUCUUUUUCAUUGAAUCCGUUUGCGAUGACCCCAAUGUAAUUGCCUCUAACAUUAUGGAGGUGAAAGUGUCUUGUCCUGAUUAUAAGGACUGCAACAAGACGGAUGCCAUGUUGGAUUUCCACAGGAGAAUCGAGUGUUACAAAUCCAGCUACCAGCCCCUAGACCCUGAUGGAUAUGACAGGGAUAUGUCUUUCAUUCGUAUUAUUGAUGUUGGCCGUCAGUUCUUGGUGAACCGUGUCCAGGAUCACAUUCAGAGUAAGAUCGUGUAUUACCUGAUGAACAUCCACGUACAACCCAGAACCAUUUACCUGUGUCGUCACGGCGAGAGCACAGACAACCUGCAGGGGAGGCUGGGUGGAGACUCAGGGCUGUCUGCACGUGGGAGACAGUUCUCCCUGGCCCUUUCUCAGUUUGUGAAGGAGCAGGAGCUGAAGAAUCUGAAGGUUUGGACUAGUCAGUUGUGCCGCACCAUUCAGACAGCAGAGCACCUGGGCAUCCCCUACGAGCAGUGGAAGGCCCUUAAUGAGAUCGAUGCUGGUGUGUGUGAGGACAUGACGUAUGAUGAAAUGAAGGAGAAGUACCCAGAGGAGUUUGCCUUGAGAGAUGAAGAUAAAUACUACUACCGUUACCCAGCUGGAGAGUCAUAUCAGGACCUGGUGCAGCGUGUGGAGCCUGUGAUCAUGGAGCUGGAGAGACAGGAGAAUGUUCUGGUCAUCUGCCACCAGGCCGUGAUGAGGUGUCUGCUCGCCUACUUCCUCGACAAAAGUGCAGAUGAGAUGCCGUACCUGAAGUGUCCGCUGCAUACAGUGCUGAAGCUCACUCCUGUGGCCUAUGGCUGUAAAGUGGAGUCCAUUUCUCUGAAUGUGGAGGCGGUCAACACUCACAGAGACAGACCAGAGGAGGUGAAGAGGGGUCCGGGGAUCUUGCAGAGGAGAAACAGCGUGACUCCGUUGACCAGCCCAGAGUCUAACAUUAAAAAACCUCGCAUCGAUGACCUGGAUGAAGCCCCUAUCCAGGAGUUGCCCCCCUCUGUUGCCUCUCUAGCCCUUUGUAGCCCCAAUCACCUCCCGCUGGCACUGGCUGGACAGAAGCUGAGAAGGGACUCUGUUCGCCGUGAUGUUUUUCAAACCUGCAAAUGAUACAACCUCUUCUCCCCAAGAGACCACAAACUCCCCCCAGACAAGUCUUAUAAUAAUAUAUGAAGGACUCUUUAUCUUUACCACAAUCACACUUUUUUAUUAUAACAAUAUUGGUCAUCUCAUUUUGUUUGAUAUUUCCAUCUUUUCACUUGAAAAUUCAUUGUAAUUCAAUAAUGACUGAACAUGGGUCCUGAAACUGUUUUCAUGGACACAUCUUACUUGUUACAACAUUGUAGAAUAAUUAACUCUAGACAGAUUUCAGGUCGCAUUUUCUAAAUUAUCUCUGACUUUCUAACUAACUUAGUUCUCAGUUUUUAUAAUUUAUAUUUAAUGUCUAUCAAUUAUACUUUAUUGUUUUUAACUUAUUUGUUGAUGUUCCACAAAACAGUGAUUAUUUUGCACAGAGGAGGUGUGUACAAAGUUUUGAGUUAACUUUUAUUUUAUGCAACUUUUUGCCAAAUAGUGCCUGUAGAGCUUGGUCUGCAAGUCUAAAGCUGCUUCAUUUGCAGUUUAAACCAGUUUUCAUCUCAUUUUUCAAUUUGCUUUCGUGUCAAUGUAAUCUCACUUUUCAGUUAAUUUUUCACUUACAUAUGUGUAUAUUUUGUUUUAUAGAAGAAGAUUUACCUUAAUUUUCUUUGCUGCCACUGUCGCUACGCACAAAGUCCUUAUUUUUGUUACAAAGAAGCGUGCUGAUAAUAAUAUUAAUAUGGCAUUUUGUCAGAUGUGUGAAACACUACAGUAGGAGAUGUGCUGAAUGAUGGAAAAUUAUUGUUGAGUUGUGUGUUUUUGUACUUUUGUGUUGGGACUGAAUGAAGUUCUGUUGACAUGUUUGCUUGAGAUACUUGAAAAUGUUUGUUUUUUUUGUAAAAAUUAUUUAUUAAGUAGUUUUUGGAUGGAUGCUCAGAGUCUUUCUCAGUAUGUUGUACAUGUGAUUUUUGCAUCUGCUGGACCAAUUAAAACACUCCAAGGAAUACA